CGUAUCGGUGCCCGGAGAAGCCGUUGUUCAGCAAGGUAUCGAAUUUGGUUCGGAAUGUAUGGAAAAUUCGAAGCGACUCCCCAGGACAAUCGGUGUAGUGGUACCUACAUCUUUGGCGGUACCUGACAUGUCAUAUUCUAGUUCAGAGGGGGAAGAAGAUUUUUAUGACGCCAACGAUUCACCUUUCACCCCUGGAAGUCAAAUACCUACACCUACUAGCAUCAUAUCCUUUGAUAAUGAUCCUCAAACGCCUGUUCCUGCCGGAAAAUCGUCAACUCCGGUACUUGCAAAUAGCACAAGGCAAAAAAGUAUUCGUUCCAGGUCGACCAAUUUAGAGGACUUGGACUAUGAUGCUCUUUACGAAGAAAGUGAUGAAAAUGGUUUAGAAUUAGAAAGUCACGGCUCUGUGAUUAGGCACUUAUUAUCUCAAGUGAAAAUAGGCAUGGAUUUGACCAAAGUAGUACUGCCGACUUUCAUUUUAGAAAGGAGAUCGUUAUUGGAAAUGUACGCGGAUUAUUUCGCACAUCCAGACAUGUUUUUGAAAAUAGCCGACAUCAAAGAUCCCAGAGAUAGAAUGGUUCAAGUAGUUCGAUGGUAUCUUUCAUCCUACCAUGCUGGUAGAAAAAGUUCAGUAGCAAAAAAACCAUACAAUCCUGUACUAGGUGAAAUAUUUCGCUGCCACUGGGAUGUGCCAAAUGCCGAUAUUGGUACCAACGAUACCCUAGCCGAGGACGGACCGGUACCUUGGUGCAAAAAGAGUCAGUUAGUAUUUGUUGCCGAGCAAGUUUCACACCAUCCUCCAAUUUCAGCGUUUUAUGCGGAACACUAUAACAGAAGGAUAUGUUUCAAUGCUCAUGUUUACACCAAGUCAAAAUUCCUUGGUCUCUCUGUAUGUGUCUACAACAUAGGACAGGGUAUCGUUAACGUUAUUGAUUAUGAUGAAGAGUACUUCCUCACUUUUCCCAAUGGUUAUGGUCGGUCAAUAUUAACCGUUCCUUGGAUAGAACUAGGAGGCACAGUUACGAUAGGAUGUCCCAAGACAGGUUACAAUUGUACAAUAGAAUUUAUCACAAAACCUUUUUAUGGCAAUAAGAAGAAUAGAAUUACAGCGGAAGUUUUCGGGCCAGAAGAGAAGAAACCAUUCCUUACUGUUAGUGGAGAAUGGAAUGGAGUGAUGGAGUACAAGUGGACGGACAAAGAGAUUGAGGAGCAAGUAGAUGUAAACACUUUACAUAUAAUCAAGAAACAAGUGAAACCCAUUAGUCAACAAGAGGAAAAUGAAUCACGUAGAUUGUGGAAAGAAGUAACAGCAGGGCUGAAGUUUAAUGAGAUUGACAGAGCAACAAAUGCUAAACAGACAUUGGAGCAGAAGCAAAGAGAUGAAGCAAAAGAAAGAAAAGAAAGCGGCAACGAGUGGCAAACGAGGCUUUUCACAAAAAUGAACGAAGAUGUCUAUCUCUACAAAAAGCCAUUGCAUCAACGGUUGUACAGCACGGCAUCAAACACCUGAAAUUAUGAGUCACCAUGUAUUUGUUACGAAUAACACUGUGCUUUUCUCAACUCUCCUGGAGAUCGUUUCGCCUGAGUUAUUUAUUAGUAAACUGUGAUAUAUCAAUUUGAGAGAUGUAUUUUCCAGGAUUAUGCUGAUAUCGGGCUUCUGAAAAGUAUUCGAGUCAUACCGACACCUGCAUUUCUUACUUGGGAAGAAGUAGUAAUUAUUAAUAGAUAUUUUAUUUUGAUUCAGGGC